GUUAUUAUGUUGUUCAUUAGUGAAUAAGCCACUGGCGAAUGAAUAUAACGUUCUGUGAGUGAACACGUUUUUUGCUCGAAUCUACUAACGAUUAUUGUAUUCAAUAUUGACUGUUAUACUAUUGUUUUAAAAUGUCAAGCCAAAAUGUAAAGGUUUACCCUAUAACACUGCGUAGAAGGAAAAAUGAAAAGUGCACAAUGUUGAGCUUUCAUAAAGAUGUUGAAUAUAAACAAUGGAAAAGUGUUCAAAUAUGCCGGGAAAAUAAUGAAAGGUUAUAUAAGGAGAAAGAAGAAGAACCAAGUUAUGGUGCCGGUUCUGCAUACCUCAAAAAAGAAAGGGAAGAAAAGAAACUCGCCAACAUGAGGAGCCGCAAAAUUGAAUAUAAGGAGGAAAACCAGCCGUUUCUGAUGAAAGUCCGUUCUGACGACACAGAAAGGCAUUUCAAGAGCACAAGAACAGCUGGGGCCUUGGAAAAAAUUGAUUAUUAUUUGUUCAGUCAAAAUCAAGACGGCAGUAUUGAGGCAUUUCCAGUACAGGACUGGCACAAUUUCAGCGCCCACAACCGUUUUAAACAUAUGGAAUCUGAAGAUGCAGAAAAAGAGUACGAAAAAAGAAAUCAAACGUUCAAUUAUUUCGCUUUGAAAAUAAAAAAUAGUCUAAAGGUGAACACGGAAGAAGAUGAGGAGAAAAAUGUUAGACCAAAGAAGGACUUAAAGGUGACUGAAAUGGACGAGUGGAUCAUUAGUGACGAUGAAUCAUCUGAGGAAGACAACACGGAACAAGAUAAUCUAGACGAGAAGCCUAAAAAUAAAAAGAGAGGAAAAUGCAACGACAAAAACAAAGCUAAAAAGAAAAAAAGGAAGUGGGAAAGAGAUGGAGAAGCGGUAGAAGAUUCUGACGAUGGAGAUGACGAAGGUAGAGAGAAAGAAUAUAUUAGCGAUAGCUCGGACAGUGAAAUUGAAGACCAUAAAUUAACUAGUGUCGCUGAGGAAAAGGGUCUGAAAAACCUCUUAUCCAGUGAAUCUGAAUCCGAAUCUUCGGACGAGGAAUUUGGAGAUGAGAAGAAUAAGAAAGAGGAGGAAGAUGAAAAGGAAGAAGAGGAUGAAAAUGAAAAGGAAGAAGAGAAGGAAAAUGAAAAGAAAGAGAAUAAAAAGAAACAAAAAAAGAAAAAGCAUGGUGAUAUAUUUGAUAUGUUUAGUGAUGAUUCUAACGAUGAAGAAGAAGGGAAGGAUAAAAAAGUGGAAUGCACAGAAAAGGAGGGUACAGAACCAAAAAAACAAGGAAACUCUAAGGGUAAGAAAAAAAUCGAACUCAAAGUUGUGAAAGAAGAAGUUCAGCUAAGUGCUAAAGAAAAGGUUCUUCAAAUGUGCUUGGCUAAAAUUCAUAAUAAGGAAUCUUCGAGUACAAGCAUGGUUUCAACAAUGCCAGGAAAUUCAGGGACGCAAUCAGAUCAGAGAAGAAUCAUUACAAUGGAUGAUGUCCGAAAAUAUUUCAAUAGAAAACCCAUCACUAUGCCUGACUUACUACGUAAAUUUAGGUCAAGGGGCAUUCCAACUGAGGAUUUGAUUAAACAAGUAGGAGAAAUUAUAAAUAAAUUAAAACCAAAAAUAACGAUAAUAAACGAAAAAAACUAUUAUUCAUUAGAGUAAGUCAGGCAUAGUGAUGGGUUUUUGGUUUUAAUUUUUAAUUUUAAUCCUACUAUGAACAUAUAUGUUCAUAUAUGAACAUAUCUUGUAUUAAAUUGUAUUAUGUUGAAUAUUGUAUAUUGUUUUAUAUGUUAAUAAAUGAUUAAAUAA